GGAGAAGGGGUAAAUUAUUUGAGUUGCCGCUUCUCCUUUAAGAAAAAAAGGCCCCGUCCGUUGCCGGAUGAAAGUCCCUGAAAAAAUGGCGGCGAUAGGCUAGGGGCGGGGCUAAGGGAACAGCGCGGGAUAGUCUUGCUGCGCACGCGCACAGCUAUCAUACCCAACUGCAUCCUGGGAAACGAAGUCCUAUUUAGUCCGCUUCCAGGGAAAAGAUGGGAAACUAGAGGCCGAGAGAAGUCUGGGAGUUUUUGAGAGAUUCCCCACGGGAAAGAUGCCUUAUUGGAGGAAUUGGAACGCUCCACUCUCCAGGACAGUGAUGACUAUUCUAACCCAGUUUCUUGUCACCCGGGUCAGCAAUCCAAACAGGAGAGCGAGCUUCCCAAAACUUCAUCUCAGAGUCACACAAGUCCCUUGAAGGUGCAGCUUAUGUAUACGACCAAUAUCCAGGAGCCCAAUGUCUACAGUGAGGUCCAAGAGCCAAAGGAAUCAGUACCACCUCCUAAAACCUCAGCAGCUGCUCAGCUGGAUGAGCUCAUGGCCCACCUGAGUGAAAUGCAAGCCAAGGUUUCAGUGACAGCAGAUGGCAGCAGUAAACAAUUACCAGACAAGCAGGACCACAAGGCGUCAUUGGACUCAAUGCUUGGGGGUUUGGAACAGGAACUCCAAGAUCUUGGGAUUGCCACGGUGCCCAAGGGCCACUGUGCUUCCUGCCAGAAGCCAAUUGCUGGGAAGGUGAUCCAUGCUCUAGGGCAAUCCUGGCACCCAGAGCACUUUGUCUGCACCCACUGCAAGGAGGAGAUUGGCUCCAAUCCCUUCUUUGAACGGAGUGGCUUGGCUUACUGUUCCAAGGACUACCACCACCUGUUCUCUCCACGCUGUGCCUACUGUGCUGCUCCCAUCAUGGAUAAAGUGCUGACAGCAAUGAACCAGACAUGGCACCCAGAACACUUCUUCUGCUCUCACUGUGGAGAGGUGUUUGGUGCAGAAGGCUUUCAUGAGAAGGAUAACAAGCCAUAUUGCCGAAAAGAUUUCUUAGCCAUGUUCUCACCUAAGUGUGGUGGCUGCAACCGCCCAGUGUUGGAAAACUACCUUUCAGCCAUGAACACUGUCUGGCACCCAGAAUGCUUUGUGUGUGGGGACUGCUUCUGCAGUUUUUCUUCUGGCUCCUUCUUUGAACUGGAUGGCCGUCCAUUCUGUGAACUUCAUUACCAUCACCGGCGAGGGACCAUCUGCCGUGGCUGCGGGCAGCCUAUCACUGGCCGCUGCAUCAGUGCCAUGGGGCACAAGUUUCACCCUGAGCAUUUUGUGUGUGCUUUCUGCCUGACACAGCUGUCAAAAGGCAUCUUCAGAGAGCAGAACAACAAGACCUACUGUCAAGUCUGCUUCAAUAAGCUUUUUUCACAGUAGUCCCCUUCGAUCCACAUCUGCUUCAUGUUGCCUGUAAAACUGAGACCAAGGCAGGGAUGAGUAUACUUUCUUCUCCUGACCCUCACUCAGUGGGCUAAUAGAGUAUGAAGAAUGAGCAAAUAAGGAAAUUUCUAUAUGUUAUUAGACUUAUAAUCUUAUUUUUGAAGAUACUUAUUUUUUAAUUGUGUAUACACUUAUAUUUAGAUCAUUCUAUCAAGCCCCUCUGAUGACAUAUUUCUCAUGUGCACAAUUCUUUCUCACAUUUUACCUCUAUAGAUGCCUCAGAUCUUCAACUGUGGGCCCCAGAGUCUGACUCUUUCUUUUCUCUUAGGAGUCAUGACACUUACUCUUAAGCCUUUAGUGCCUUCCCUCAAUGCAUUUUGCUAUUUUAAGAGGAAGUAUAUUUUAACUGACAUCUGUGAUGAGUAAAGCAGCUUGUGGUUUUGGUGA